AUGCUCCCGACCCCCGUCGUGCCCACCCCGGACUACAGCCGAGUGUACGAGCCGGCAGAGGACUCGUUCCUCUUCCUCGACCUCUUUGAGCAGCUGCACGACGCCGGACACUUUGCCAGGACGUCCAGCACGGCGUCCAGGCAGCCCGGCGAGCUGCGAGUCGUCGUCGAGCUAGGCGCCGGCUCCGGCGUCGUCUCCACCUUCAUCGCCGCCAACAGGAUCAUCCCCAACGCCUUCCACAUCGCCACCGACAUCAACGCCACGGCGCUCGAGACCACUCGCAACACCUUUGCCCACAACUGCGGCGCCGGCGCUCCUGCGGAGGCCCCGUUCGACGUCCUCAGGGCCAGCUUGACCGACGCCUUCCGUCCCCACGAGAUUGACGUCCUCCUCUUCAACCCGCCGUACGUGCCGUCCGAGGAAAUCCCACCCGUGCCGUCCGUGCAGGACGAUGCCAGCGACUCGUGGCUCGACCUGGCGCUUGUGGGUGGCCACGACGGCAUGCUCGUCACGGGCCAGGUCCUGGCCUCUUUGAACUCGGUGCUGGCUCCGCAGGGAGAGGCGUACAUCCUCUUCUGCGCCAGGAACAACCACCCGCAGGUCGUGCAGCGGUUCAGACAGAAGAACCCUAAUUUCUCCGUGGACUGCGUCAUCGCCCGGAAAUGCGGCUGGGAAGAACUAGCCAUCUACAGGUUCACCAAACUCUCCUGA